UUGUAGUCCUCGGCUUGCAGAGAGACGGCAGUAUUCACAGACAGUUCUUAAAACUUGUGUACAGUGGCUGAGCAGACGGGGGAGGCAUCAGAGGUUUGUUUGGGCCGGGGAAGGAAGUUUCUUGCAGGAAAAAGCAUUGAAAGGGCUAUAAUUAUCCCCAAGUGGUCUUUUUUUAUCCCGGUCUCACGGGGACGGUCGGGGUUUGAAGAAGACUCAUCGGGUUGUCGGACUACGUGGAGGAAUGGUGUUAAAAACGCCAUUGUACAGUAUUUUGAACUCAGAACCUGUUUUUGAACAUGCACUUUUCAGCUCAGCACAUUGAGCUGUUUGAGUCAGUUUAGCCGGAUCAAGUGUCUAUGCGUGGGACCGCCUGGAGCCAUCUGCACUCUUCCUGUUGAAGGUUUAGGACCGUAGCAGUGAUGGACGACUAUGACGUUGAGCAGCAGGAGCCGUUACCCGUGGACCGCGAUGGGAGAGAGUUUAGGAUUGAAGAGGACCAGGCUGAUGGUAACAGGAAGCUGGGAUGCUGUGAGAAGUUCCAGCAUACUGUGUCCAAGUGGAUGCUUCCAGAAGACUUGCGCAGCAAGUACCUUGAACGUGCCAACUGCUGCCCACCCCCCAUCUUCAUCAUCCUCAUCAGUAUUGGAGAGUUGGCAGUGUUUAUCUACUACGCUGUGUGGAAGCCUCAGAAACAGUGGGUGACCCUGGAUGAAGGCAUCUGGACCAGCCCUCUAACCUACAAGCCUGAGAGCAGGCAGGAAGCAUGGCGCUUCUUCUCCUACAUGUUUGUCCACGCCGGUGUGGAGCACAUAGUGGGCAACCUGGUGAUGCAGCUGCUGCUGGGGAUCCCGCUGGAACUGGUCCAUAAAGGGUUUGAAGUGGGAAUGGUUUACCUUGCCGGCGUCCUGGCUGGCUCUUUGGCCAGCUCCAUCUUUGAUCCUCUCAGUGCACUGGUGGGGGCCUCUGGGGGUGUUUACGCCCUAAUAGGAGGCUAUUUUAUGAAUGCAGUGGUGAAUUUCCGAGAAAUGAUUCCUCUCCUUGGAGUGUUUCGCAUCCUCGCCAUAGUGAUAUUUGUCGGCACAGAUUUUGGAUUUGCCUUCUACAGAAGAUUUGUCAAUGAUGAGGCUGGUUUGAAGGUGUCAUUUGUGGCUCAUUUUGGAGGAAUUGUGGCAGGGAUGACCAUUGGUUACAUCUUCUUCAGUGCUUACAACAAGAAGCUACUCAAGGACCCACGCUUCUGGCUGUGCAUAGUGGGCUACAUAGUCUUUGUGCUCUUUGCUGUGCUCUUCAAUAUCUUUCUCACACCAGCACCGUAGGGACUAUAAAGCUGCAGCUCCAUCAGCUGUACAACAAAAUACCACACUCAGGAAACUGUAUUUUACAGAUGUACUUUUGUGUUUUGUGUAG